UUUUGUCGUAAAAACUCGCUACCGUUUCAUACAAUUUUUUGUCGAUAAUUAUAAUGGCAAACACAAAAGUUGACAUAAAAUACACGCAAUUAUUUAUAAAUAAUGAAUUCGUUGGUUCGGAAUGUGGGAGGAAAUUCGCUGUGAUAAAUCCGACAACCGAGGAGCUGCUGGCGGAAGUUUCUGAGGGAUUGCAAGCUGAUGUUGACAAGGCGGUGGUGGCUGCCCAGGCUGCUUUUGCUCGAGGUUCUGAGUGGAGAAAUCUCCAGCCUGCCCAGCGAGCUGCGCUUCUGAACAAGCUCGCGGAUUUGGUUGAACGAGAUGCCCAACAGAUCGCGAGUAUCCAGACACUGGAAAAUGGAAAACCUUUUCUUCAUGCGGUAGGGGAAACUCAUAUGGCUGCGGGAAUUCUUCGUUACUAUGCUGGUUGGUGCGAUAAAAUUCAUGGGCAGACAAUGCCGACAGACGAUGGGAGCUUGGUGAUGACUAGAAAAGAACCAGUUGGAGUCGUGGGACAAAUCACGCCUUGGAAUUAUCCAGUUAUGCUUCUUGCGUUAAAAUUAGGCCCUGCUUUGACAACUGGAUGUACGGUGGUUCUAAAACCAGCAGAACAGACUCCGCUAUGCAAUUUGUACGUCGCUGCCCUCACUAAAGAGGCAGGAUUUCCUCCAGGAGUUAUUAAUAUUGUCACUGGGUACGGUUCUACUGCUGGAGCUGCUCUGGCCGAGCAUCCUGACGUUUCCAAGAUCGCGUUCACUGGAUCUGUGGAGGCUGGAAAAAAAGUUAUGGUGGCAUCAGGAAACAGUAAUCUCAAACACGUCAGCCUUGAACUCGGCGGAAAGAGUCCUUUGGUUAUUUUUGAUGACGUCGAUGUCGAUGAAGCAGUCAAACUAGCCCACGAAGCAAUUUUCCAUUUUUCCGGUCAAAUCUGCGUAGCCGCGACCCGAACUUACGUCCACUCAAAAAUCUACGACGAGUUCGUCCAAAAAUCUAAAGAUUUAGCUCUGAAACGAAUUAUCGGCGAUCCUUUCGACCCUAAGACCGAACAAGGGCCUCAAGUUCAAAAGGAGAAGUUUGACAAAGUCAUGGGAUACAUAAAAACUGGCGAGGUCGAAGGCGCAACCCUCGUAACCGGCGGAAAACGUCACGGAGACCUCGGAUACUUUAUCCAACCCACAAUAUUCGCCGACGUAACCGACGACAUGACAAUCGCCAAGGAAGAAAUUUUCGGACCCGUCCAAUCGAUCUUGAAGUUCGACACCAUGGAGGAAGUGAUAAAACGCGCAAACAAGACGAUUUACGGUCUAGCGGCCGGUGUUUUGACCAACGACAUCAACAAAGCGAUUAAAUUUGCCCAGGAAAUAGAGUCCGGUAACGUCUGGAUCAAUCAGUACGCAGUUCUGAUGCCCCAAGCUCCCUUCGGUGGCUACAAACAAUCAGGAAUUGGUCGUGAACUUGGCGCCGAGUCCUUGGACUGUUACUUGGAGACGAAGACAAUAUCAAUUAAAACUUCAUCUGGUUAAUUGAUCGAUCAACAAUAAAAGUUUAACGCUAAUUUAAUAACUAGAAAUUGAUUUAAAUUUAUUUUAUGUGAGCCUUGAAUGGGAAUAAAAGUUUAGUUUAAUUGAUUGUUUGUGAUUU